GCAACACCCACCCACCCCAUCGACGAAACAGCAGCGGCAGCGACCCCCGUCAUUUGGGGGCUAUGUCAUUGCUUCCACUACUGCUACGACUGCCAGCGUCAGCCGGCAGCGGCAGCAGCGGCAGCAGCAGCAGCAGCAUCCCCAUCAUCACCACACGGCCGUGCGUGGUGGCGAGAGGCUGAAGAGCAGCGAGAGAAGACGCUCGCUCACAUGAGCGCAGUGGGCAGGCGCGCAUUGCGCUACGCAGCCGCCCGCUACCACCGCCAGCAACAGCAGCAGCAGCAACGCCGCCACAACACUCCAGGCACCGUCAGCAGCAGCAGCAGCAAGUGUUGAGGCUAACACCCCUUGUCCGGAUCGGUCGCUUCAUUUUCAUAGCUUCGCCUAUACAGCGAACGCAGUCGUGGGGUGGUGGAGGGGGGUUGCUUUGAGUGGCGAGCGCGUGCGUGUCUAUUUGUUAAUUCCUUUAGAAUUGUGGUUUCGUUCUGGAUUCAUUGACGUUUGUAUUAUUACGUCGUAGUGGUUUUUUUAAUCUCUCUCUCGCUCGCUUGUUAUACUUCUCCGGCUUUGGAAAGAAAGAAAACAAAAAUCCACAUUGUUUCUUUCAAUUGAGUUUUCGUAUUUGCAUCCCCGCAUAGCCGCUUGGAUUAAGCCACAAUAGUCAUCAUCAUCAUCGCCGCCGCCGCAGCCGCAGCGCAUCGUGUCGUCGCAACGUCACGCGCACACGGCGUCGGCGGGACACAAAUUGCCCGUGCAUUAGCGCUGGGGCGACAUUAGUCGCCAGCAACUCGAGACUCGGGGCGUGCCACGCAGGCGACGAGAGGGCACGUGAACGGCGAUGGCCACGCUGACGUGCCGAGUCCAGUUUCUGGACGACACGGACCCGUUCUCCAGCACCAACUUCCCCGAGCCGACGCGACCGCCUACCUACACAUUUCUGGAGGACACCCCUCUCAUCGAGCAGAUCGCGGGAGUUCACCGUCUGCUCAAAGCCCCCCACAAGCUGGAUGACUGUGCUCUGCAGCUUUCGCACAAUGGCACAUACCUGGAUCUGGAUUCCACGCUGGGCGAGCAACGCGACGAGCUGGAGGGCUUCUUUGAGGACAGCGGGAGAUCCAAGAAACAAAGUAUCGUUUUGAGAACCCAGCUCUCGGUGCGGGUGAAUGCAUGCAUCGAAAAGCUGUACAAUUCUACAGGCCGGGAACUAAGGAGAGCCCUUUUCUCCUUAAAGCAAAUUUUCCAGGAUGACAAGGACCUGGUUCAUGAGUUUGUCAAUGCAGAGGGGUUAACGUGCCUCAUCCGUGUGGGCGAUGAUGCUGACCAGAACUACCAGAACUACAUACUCCGAGCUCUGGGCCAGAUAAUGCUGUACGUGGACGGCAUGAAUGGAGUGAUCGCCCACAACGACACUGUGCAGUGGCUCUAUUCUCUCAUCGCAUCAAAGUUCCGGCUUGUGGUGAAGACGGCCCUCAAGCUCCUUGUCGUGUUUGUGGAGUACACAGAGUCGAAUGCGCCUCUUUUCAUCAAGGCCGUAAACACAACGGACAGAAAAUCAGGAGUUAAGCCAUGGUCCAACAUUCUGGCCAUCUUGGAUGAGAAGGAUGGCAUUGACACAGAAUUGCUGGUUUUUGCCAUGACGCUUCUGAACAAGACCCUGGCAGUCCUUCCAGACCAGGACACGUUCUACGACGUGACGGAUUGCCUCGAAGAACAAGGAAUGGAAGCCAUCGCGCAGAGGCACCUGGCAAAACGUGGCGGCGACCGGGACCUGGCGGAGCAGUUCGACAUCUACGAGGUGGCCCUGCGCCUGGAGGACGGCGACACCGAAUCCGGAGCGGCCACACCGGCGAGCUGCCGCAAGGAGCGCCGCCGCACGUCGCUCACGGGCGCCGUCUCCGCCGCCGCCUCCUCCGCCUCCUCCUCCUCCGCCGCCGCCGGCACGGGCGGCGGAGAGAAGCGCGGCCUGGAGCGUCGUCGCAGCCGGCGCCACAACUCGGCAGGCAGGGGCCGCUCGCCGACGUCGCCGGUCGCCCCCUCGGCGCUCCCGGCCGGCACGGCGAGCGCCGCGGCCGGCGACUCGGCGUUCGAGAACGGCGCGGCGCGAAGCGCUCCGCCCUCGCCCGCGCUCUCCUCGCAGUCGUCGCGCAGCAGCCAGAGCACGGCCAACGGCCGGGACGAUGGGGACGUCAGUCUUGCGGUUUGCUCUGAGACGAAUGACUGCUGCUUCGAAGCGGACGCUAAAUCAUCCCCUGGCUCUGCCCUGACCAAGUCGCUGCCCCUCGUGCAAAAUGCCUCCUCCUGCAUGCCCGCUCCGGUGCAGCGCCUCUCGAUGACGCCAUCUCCGUUACCGCCUUCCUCUACGCCGUCUUCUCCAUCGCCGCCACCGGCGGCCGCGUUGCCCGCGCCCGCAGCGACGCUCCGGUCGCGGGCCGCGACCCCGGCACGCCACGCUGCUAACGUCUCGCCUGCCGCCCUGCCCGUUAGGCUGCCGUACGUGCCCAAGUCUCCCUUCCACCUCUUCAGCUAUGAGCCCAUGGACAAGCCGGCCUCCCUGCGCGAGCGUCAGGACGAGGCAGCAGCUGCGGCGACAGCGGCCGGGACUCCGGUGGCGGCUAGCUUGGCAGCCUCCGAGAGCGGUUCACGACUCUUGGAGCCAUCACAUGAUCCUUUCGCUUCCAAACCUCUUCGCUUCGCAUCUAGUUUCACGUUCACUCCAAACCGGUAUUCCGCGGGGGUCAACUACAACGGCAACGUCUACGGCACGCCGGGCGCUCGCUCUUACGGGAGCCCAUCUUCCCCGGCCAGCCAGGCAGCCGGCAGCCAAUACAGCCAGAAUCACAGCAGUGAGGCGGCAGACGGCAAGAAUAGCAACAAAGCCAUGGACAGCAGUGCCAGGGCGGCAGCCGGGCUACUCUCGUCCUCCUACAAGCAGCACCAGGAGUCCCUGGCGGCCGAGCGCGAGCGCCGGCGGCGCGAGAGGGAUGAGCGGCUGCAGCGCAUCGAGCGCGAGGAGCGCAACAAGUACAAUAGUCGCGAGUACAUGGAGGAGAGGGAGAGGCUGAGGAGAGAGAAAGAAGAGAGGAACCGCUACCUGGAGAGAAUUGCGGCCGAGGAGCGAGAGAAGGAGCUGCGCAACAGAACCAAAGUCAGGAUGGAGCUCAACCUCACUUUGCAAUCACCCUCAACCAAUGCUAGCCCCGUGACCCUCGUAUCACAGUCUCCGGGGACACCAUCAGCCUGUCCCUCUCCGACACCCGUCCGGUCAGCUGAGUCACCCCGCCUGGUAUCGUACUCCCCAUCGCCGACUCGUUCGCAAUCACCGGCCCUCGCACCGUCGCCGCCCCCGUCGCCGGCCCCGUCGCCCGCCCCGUCGCCUGUGACGUGUUCGUCUCCCGCGCCACUGGCGUCGCCCGCGCGCUUCGUUUCGCCAGCGCCGUCACCGUCGACCUCGAGGCCUGCGACGCCCGCCGGCAUUCCUGCGCCACCCCCCGCUGCUCGUGUCCCGAGCACCCCCAGCUCGUCGCUGCGGCUCGCAGACGCCGGGGAGACUCCAGAGGAAGCGGCAGAGGAGACUGCAGAAGAGCCUGCGGCGGAGGAGGUGGCUCCCCUGAGUGCGAAGGAGCGGGAGAAUGAGGCCGUGAACGAGAAGGAAAAUUGCUCGGCCUCCAGUAGUUCAUCGGCCAGCAGCACCCUUGAACGCGACCGUGCUGAGGAAGAGCCAGAAUCCAGCCUUGAAUUCAACAUUUGCCCUGAACAUAGCAAUUCGUUAAGUAUCAGGGGGAAUGAAUCGUUUCAUGCCUCGUCUUUAAUGCACAGGGCUACAGCAGAUGGUAUACGCAUUCUCGGAUUGCGCCCUGCGCAAAUGACCAUGUGGUCAGAUGCUAACAGCAGAAUACAUGGAAGCCGGCUCGUUAGCUGGAUUUACCCGACGCUCUGGGGUUUCUUAGCACGCACUCAAGCCCUGUCUGCUUCCUGCCCUCCAGAGAAGAGACCGCAGGAGAAAGCCAUCGAGGAGGAGAGCGGCGAGGCGACCGAUCAGAUUCCCGUGCAGAGCCUGACCAAUGGCACCAAUUCCGAACCUGUUGGACUCGGAGAGAAGACGGAAGAAACGAGCAAAAAUGAGCCAGAUGGCCUGGCGGAGGGCGUUUUGGCUCGGGUGUCAUCGCCUACGAUCCCCGAGGGAGGAGGCGCUCGCCGGGAAAUCGCUGCGGCACGUGACGCGACCGCCGUAUCUCCCGACAAGCCGAGCGGCCCGCGGGCAUUUGCCGAGCGCUUCGGCCGUGUCACCUCUUCCGAGCAGGACGAGGAGGGCGAGAAGGAGAUGCCCCCCGUCGCUCCGCCGCCCCCCCGCAAGGAAUCGGAUCAGCUGUGGGAGCAGAUGCUGGCCAAGACGCACGAACUUCGCAUCAAAGACAUGGACUUCACGGACCUGAACGAGGAGGAUGACGUGGACAUGCUGGACUUUGACAACUUGCUGUUACGCUCGGGCGACUUCGUGUCGCUCCCACCACCGCCGCCCGUCUUCCCGUCCAUGGCCUCUGUGCUCUUCUCGCCGCCGCCACCUCCGGGCUGCCCUCCUACCAUGCCGCCACCGUCGUCGGCGUUGACGGGACUCAUCCUCCCUCCGCCCCCGCUGUUCGCCUCGCCGGCACACCAGGCCCGCGAGGGCACUCCCGGGGGGCCCGGCUCGCCGGCGCUCGCCCACUCCCUCAAGAAGAAGAAGACCGUGCGGCUUUUCUGGAGCGAGGUGCGGCACACGGAGUGGCAGCACCGCAACCACCGCUACGGCAAGAGCUCGCUGUGGGCCUCGCUCGACCCCGUGGAGGUGGACACCAACAAGCUGGAGAUCCUCUUCGAGUCCAAGUCGAAGGAGCUGCCCGUCACGAAAAGGAGCACGACGGAUGGGAAGCGACAGGAGCUCAUCGUGCUGGACUCGAAGCGGAGUAACGCCAUCAACAUUGGCCUCACCGUCCUUCCACCACCACGCACAAUCAAAACCGCCAUCCUCAACUUUGACGAAUACGCCCUCAACAAGGAGGGCAUCGAAAAACUGCUCACCAUGAUCCCCACGGAGGAGGAGAAGCAGAAGAUCACCGAGGCGCAGCUCGUGAACCCCGACGUGCCCCUCGGCUCUGCGGAGCAGUUCCUGCUCACGCUGUCGUCCAUCAGCGAGCUCUCCGCUCGUCUCCAGCUCUGGGCCUUCAAGCUCGACUACGAGACGAUGGAGAAGGAAGUGGCUGAGCCCCUUCAAGACAUCAAGGAGGGGAUGGACCAGGUGGAGAAGAAUCGCACCCUGAGAUGCAUCCUCACCACCCUGCUGGCUGUGGGGAACUUCCUCAACGGCACAAACGCUAAAGGCUUCGAGCUGCACUACUUGGAGAAGGUGCCGGAGGUGAAGGACACGGUGCACAAGCAGUCUCUGCUACACCACGUGUGCAACAUGGUCGUGGAGAAGUUCCCGGACACGACGGACCUGUACUCGGAGAUCGGCGCCAUCACACGCUCCGCCAAGGUGGACUUUGAUCAGGUGCAGGAGAACUUGAAUCAGAUGGAGCGGAGGUGCCGGGCCUGCUGGGACCACCUGAAGGCCAUUGCCAAGCACGAAACCAAGCCGGUGCUCAAAACCAAAAUGUCCGAGUUCCUCCGAGACUGCGCCGAGCGAAUAAUCAUCCUCAAGAUCGUGCAUCGGAGAAUCGUCAACAGGUUCCACGCGUUCAUGCUGUACAUCGGACACGCGCCCUACUCCAUCCGGGACGUGAGCAUCACGCGCUUCUGCCGAAUCGUGAGCGAGUUCGCGCUGGAGUACCGCACGGCGCGCGAGCGCGUGCUGCAGCAGAGGCUCAAGCGGGCGACGCAUCGCGAGCGCAACAAGACCCGGGGGAAGAUGAUCACCGACACCGACGAUGAAGAGGCAGCGGAGAGCGGGAAGUUCUCGGGCGGCAGUGCCCAGUCGCCCCUGGCGGCGUCGGCGUCGGUGCCGGCCGUGCGGAGGCAGCUGGCGGCCGAGGACGACGCGGAGCACGAGAACAUGAAGGCCGUUCUGCGCACGUCCGUGCACGCGAGCGGCGGGCUCCACUCGUCCGUGCCCGGCACUCGCACGCGCGCACGUGCCCGCGCAAGCCGCGGCCGGGUGAGCACGGGGAGCGCUCCGGUGUUCGACGACUCCCCCAAUGCGACGGACGACGCCACCGAUGAGAUAAUGGACCGCAUCGUCAAGUCGGCCACGCAGGCCCCGUGCCAGCGAGCAGCUACUCGUGAGCGACGGCGCUCCCGGGCCAACCGCAAAUCCCUCCGCCGAACCCUGAAGAGUGGGUUAACGCCGGAGGAGGCCCAAGCCCUGGGGUUAUUGGGCACCGCGGAGAUGCAAGUGUAGGCAGAUGUUCUGCGCGCAAUGAAUGGCCUUCCUUUAGACCUAGCCCCAGCCACAGAUGCUUGAGAGAUUCGCUGUGGCACAAAUGUGAACUGUAGACUUUUACUUGUUAAAAUGAGCACAAAAAUAAUGUUUCAUUGUGGCCAUCUCAACGAUGUCAUGCUGUAUUGGACAAACGUUGUACACACACACACAUGUUAUUACCAAAGGCUAAAAAGGUGCAUGGUGUAAUGGAACAAAAUUACGCUUUCAUUCAAAUUAAUAAGACAUUGUGCCUUUAGGAAACCAAAACAGUCGGGUAGAGUAAAACAAACAUUUUAAGUAGUCACCAAUAAGGUCUUGGUCUUGGUACUUGGAUUCCUUCUUUAACCACUAAAUAAAUACAGCGACCUGGGGAAAAAAUAUACUGUCCCACUAAACAUAGCCACUCAUAUAGCCUUUGCCGUAAACACACUGACUUUUACGUAACACUAUGAACGAAAUCUUUUAGACUCCUUCCAACUAGCUCCCUGAGAAUUUUUUUUUUCUAAUGAGCUUUUUUUUUACUAAACCUACUUUUAUAAGUAGCAAUUUUGUUUCUCAAGUUAGUUUUUGUUUCUGUAAUACGCUGCCAUUUUCUUUCAAAUGACAGCACUUGCAUACCUAUUUUGGUGCCCUGAAUGGACACACGUGUUUUAUUAUUAUUAUGAUUGAAACGUUGUUAAAGAAGCAUGUAUGAAUCCAAGAAAAUUACUUUCCAAAGGUCUCUUCGAGCAUUCUAGUGUGAAUAUGUGUGUGUGUGUUUAAGCUCAGAUUACACAAUGCUUAAAACAACGAACAGCUGACAAGCAAAAAUAAGUAAGAUAUGUUGUUUUAGGUCAAUAUUGAUGGAUUUGUAUGCAGUAACUUUAUUUCCUUUUUUUCCCCCUUCUGUUUAACUUUCUUUUUGCGUUGUGUUCCCCUGUUCAAACUUGUUAUUUUGAAAAAUGCACUUUGUGAAACCAAAUGGAACACUUUACGUUGGUAAAAAAAUGUUAAUCAUACUCGCAUGUUUAAGUUUUGCCUGCUUGCCGGUUCUCACAAACCACAUUCAGCAUAUUUCUUACUUUGCUUUUAUCAAAGUUUUACAUAUUUCACAACGAUUUCAGGGUAUUUGCUUGCAUUACAUAUUAAUCAGAUUUUAUUUCCCCGUAGUGAGAUUUACCGUUGCUGUGUGGGUUAAACUAAAUUUAUUUGUCAUUGCUUGUUAAUAGUUAAGUACAAAUAUGUGGGUAUCCAGUGUGAACAUAGUUUGAGACUAGUUUGUCUAAACAGACAUAUUUCAUGGCACCAUUCAUAGCAAACUAGCGUCAAAACCACACGACUUUAACAAAAACAGAUUCAUACUUUCAACAUUUCAGUCCACAGGAAAACAGUCAUACAUCUUGAAUUUUGUACUUUUUCCUUGUUUUUUUGCAUUACAUCUAAGUCAUCAUUUUGCAAACUCAUAAGAUACAUCGUUGUGAUAUUUUCAUAAAGUACUUUAGGCGUUCAGCACCUUGUGUUUUGCGUAGUGGUUUUAAAAACACUCAGCAGCCCAAGAUGUAGACGGACGAACGCUGUUUAGGGUUGAAUGUGUGUUGAUUCUGUUGAGUAGAGUUUUGUGUGACAGAAUGGUUGGAGAGUUUGAGACUGCGCUGUUUUACAGGGCGAAUGCUAAAAUGCUGACGUUUAAAGAAGAAAAAUGAAGAGACUAUUUUUCUAACAUUGCCCUGAAUGCUGUAAAAGUAAAAAAAAACCUUCAUAAAUAAUAUUGCAGCCAGUUUUGGGAAGGACAGUGAUCUGCAUAACAAUAAUAUUGUUUCCCUAUGUAAGGUGAUCUAAGUGGAGUCGUUUGUAGAAGAUGUGUAAUGUGUAUCUGUCAUUUGCAAAAGUCUGCCAUUGGCUAAGUAUUUAAUGUUAUGUUUUGGUAAUGAAGUACUGUGUAACUAUGUACAAUCGACUACAACUUAGCACAUGGACUUUGAUUAACACUCUAUGAUGCAGUUUGUGUUCUCUUUGCUGUGGUUAUUUGCAAUGCCGUUUUAAUGGAGAAUUUGUUCCUUUGGAAAUGAAUGAACAUGGGUUAGGACUUCAUACCAGAAAAAUAAAAAAAACGAUAACAGCAUCAUUAUUGAAACAAAACAAUUGUAAUGAUGCUAAAACUGUAAUUUUGGCGAUGUCUUAGGAUUUUGAAACUGCAUCAACAACUGAUUGCAUUUUUUGCGAUAUAGAAUUGCCAUGAGAAUAAGGGUUUGUGAAUGUGCUUAUAAAAGGGGCAUAUAGGUUACAGGUACGGUGGCCGUAAAAUCUUCCAUCCAAGUGCUUGUUUUUGUUUUGAGUGGUUGCAUAACAGGCCCGAGACCAGCGUCAUUGAUAUAGGCUAUUGGAUCAAACGCACGUGACAAGUGAAACGUCCGUAUAUCUAAACAACAACAAAAAAACAUUAAGCUCAUGCAUUAAAAACAAGAAAUUGCAACACGUAUGAAAAAAAAACUGAGCAAACUCGUGCAAAGUGCUUGUCUGUGUCUUCUGAAGUCUUUGGUGUACAUUGUAUACAUGUGUACAAUAGAAAUCACAGUUUUCAAAAAUGAAAACUACGUGUGUACAGUUUGUGUGUGUGUAUAUGAUAUAUUGUCAAGCGAGAAUCACAUUUUAUUUGUAAGAUAAUAUCUUAUUUGAAUGAACUAGGCAACAGUAUUAGGUGCUAUUUCAGCAAUACCUAUGGUCCCCAAAGCCAUGAAAGUAAUUUGGGCAUCGAAAUUAGUUGAGUAAGCACUACAACUUUAUUAUUAUUAUUUUCCCCAGAAAUGCUUACGAGGCAAAAAUGUAAUCAACUUUUUUGUGAAAAGUUGAUAUUAAUUUAUUUUUUCUCUAACUUUUUACAAUUUCAAUUAACAUCCCUUUGCUAAACGAAAUGUACCGGCACCCGUUUUAUGCGUUGUUCGAAUAUCCACUACAUAUUACAUUAAACCAUUAAAACUGUAACUACCAGAUAGUAAUAACUUUGGAAAUACAUUUGAAGGUAUUGUUCCUGUCCAAAUAAAAUAUCACGAUGAACCACAAAUUACUCCAAACUCAGCGUCUAUUUUGCAUGUAAGAUAUCUAAUGAAGCUUUUUAUUGUAAUAAAGCAAUCUCUUUGAAUAUUA